GUCAGGUCAGGCCAGCGCAGCCGCCUCGUGCUGGACGGGGCCUCUGCGCCCUCUCGCGACAGCUGCCUGUGUCGCGAGAGGCUGCACGCCGCCGGCCCGGAACGGCACGACACAGCGGAGGGGAUGUGCGGAGGGGAGGGCUCCUGCGGGCCGGUCACCCCUGGGAAACAGUAACAACAGCUGCCAUGCAGAAGUACCCAAACCCGAUGAACCCCAGCGUGGUCGGAGUCGAUGUCCUGGACAGACACGUAGACAAGAGCGGGAAGCUGCACAGCCACAGGCUGCUCAGUACAGAGUGGGGAAUACCCUCCAUUGUGAAAUCACUCAUUGGCACGUGCAGAACGAAGACAUACGUUCAGGAGCACUCUGUUGUUGACCCAGUGAAGAAAACAAUGGAGCUUAAAUCCAGUAAUAUUUCAUUUACAAAUCUAGUGUCAGUAGAUGAGAGGCUUGUCUACAAACCACACCCUCAUGAACCAGACAAAACUGUUUUGACGCAAGAAGCAAUAAUAUCUGUAAAAGGUGUCAGUCUCAGUAGUUACCUAGAAGGGUUAAUGGCAAACACAAUUUCUUCCAAUGCUAAUAAAGGACGUGAAGCAUUGGAAUGGGUAAUAAAUAGACUGAAUGCUGAAAUUGAGGAGUUCGCAGCUUCAGCAAGAGGAACCAUGAGGAAUUCAAUGGCAGCAGCAGCAUUUGUAGAGAAAUGAUAGUAAAUAUACUUGUAUUACUAACAAGGUUUAACAAUCCAAAGCUUCUCUCCAAACCUAAAUACAUGUAUCCUUUGUUAUUUAAAGGCAUACCUGUGUAUUAGGUAUGUUUCAAAUUUAAUUUGGAGAAAAGCUAAAUUCAUACUAAUGAGGCUGAUAUGCAAAACUUAACUAAUAUAUUGGUUCAGCUGGACCGAACUUCAGUUGCAGAUGAAAAAAUAAUUUUGGAGUGUCGUUCCUGUAUUUACAUGAACACUAACUUAAAAUGUUUUCAGAUAUGAAAUAGCCUUGUUUAGAGAUGAGGCUGCGUAUGUCCGAGGAGACUGGCAUGUUAGGUUGACUUCUGUGGAAUUUUUAUUUUUGUGUGACUUAUGGACUACCUCUUUUGGGACCAAACCCAAAAUUAAGUAGAAUGGUUUGUUCCAGCAUUGUUCUGUUUAAGUUUUGAUAGUUGUAUGAUACAACUUGGUUUAACAGAAAGUUUAUUACUUGAAGCUUGAAAUACAAAAGAAUGUAGAAAAUAUUUUUUGAUACGCUUUUUAACUAGUUUGACUGGUUGAGCUAACAUGGUACUCAAAUUGUUUUUCAGUCAGUAUAGGUAAAACAUUCAAAGUGUCUCUUAUCUACUAAGACCUAAAUUCUGUUUUCAAGUAUGACGUUGAUGAGCUGGACAUGCAGUAACAUAAGAUUUUAUCUUACAUGUCUAGAAUAACUAUCUCCAUUUCUAGAAGCCCAUUAAAUAAAGGGGUACAAUAAGCAUAGAGCCUUAAAAUAUUUUAAGCUGCUGGGACUUCUGAGAAUAGUAGGUUUUCAAUUCAAAAGUUUGAAGAAUCACAUGAAGGACUAAAAAAACUUGGUGAAGCUGGCUAAAGAGAGACCUGAGCAUAAGAGAAAGUAAUAAGAACGUUAACAAUAUAUUUAUUAACUCAAUCAUGCUCUGAAAAUAACCUGUUACACCAGCUGAUUAUUUUGUUGUCCUUUAAAUUAAACAUAAUGUCCUAAGUUCCAGGAGGUCCUCUACAUUUUGAGCUAAUUUACCCACAAAAGAAGGCUCUUUAAAUGAAAACCUUGAGAAUAAAAGGUUUUCUACAGUUUGUGUUUGUUUCCUGGUACUAGCUAUAAAUUCUUCAUACUGACUCCAGUGAUUAGCUGUGAGAACUUAAAGGUCAGACCUUGACGUCGUUGCUUACGUAAUGCACCAGUCUGCUGGUAGUCCUGUUGGCUUCAGCAGAGGCUGUGUGUCCCAUCUGGCUCCUUCAGUGUGAAGGAAUAAUGGGAAAACACAGCCCCAAAUCUGCUGAUUGGGGGGUGGGGGGAAAGUGUUUUGGUGCCAGAGAUUUUCCUGGAAUUUUGAUUCUAAGCUUGCAAGUAAUCUCAAGACUCUCUUAGCCUUUACAAGCUGUAAUGUCACCUGUUCCAUCGAUUUUAUGUUGCAUGCCAUUUCUGUUGUAUCAGAAUUGCCUAUUGAAUAGUAUCUGCUACAUAGAGAAACAGAUCUUAUUUUAAGUUGGAAACUUUGAAAAAACAAAAACAUUUGUGUAGGGAAAAAACAGGUAUGUACAUAUACCUUUUAAAAAUUAACUAUUCUAAAUAUUUUUCUAAAAAGAAAUGGUUUAGGAAUACCUUUAUAAUUGAAAUCAUUCUGGUUUACCUUGCUUUUACAGAAAAUUAUUACAAGUGAAAUAGUGUUUCAACUUAAAAAGUGUUAUGUGAAACUGCUGCAAAAUUGUACCAUAACUUCUGAUAAAAACGCAAUGCUUGAAAGUGACUUUAAAUGCUUAUUUAGCCCUUAUCAUCACUUGGCAUUUUGAAGUCAAUUUUAUGUUUUCCUAACUUCUCUGCACUAAGGACCUGCAUAGUAUGAAUUCACAGUUUGUCCUUGCACUGAAAAAAAACUUAACUAUUUAAUUUUUGCAAGCAUUCAGUAACUUCUUGAAAGAUCAUGAUUUGCUUGGUUCUAUUUUAUUUAUAUGCCUGCGUUCUCAUUCUGUCAGGGAAUAUGGCUUUCUGUAUGUGGCGCUUUUUUAUUUUAAAUAAAACUUUGUCCAAGUUCUGGCUA